AGAAACACGAUGGCUUACUCAAGGAUCAGCAUAAAACUUCUCCCAAGCUUUCACUGUUUAUUUGAUAAACCGGUUCAGAUUAAAGUGGAAGGACUUGCUCCUCGCCAGAGAGUGGAACUGAGAUCCAAACUUGUGGAUGACAGAGGGGUGAUUUUCAAGGCGUCGGCCCACUACGCAGCAGAUGAAUCUGGCCAGGUGGAUGUCAGCCGUUCUCCCUCUCUAGGAGGAAGCUACACUGGAGUGGAACCCAUGGGUCUGUUUUGGGCCAUGGCACCAGAGACACCACACAGUAAACUGCUGAAGAAAAAUGUGCUAAGUCCCACACUGGUAGAGAUAGGUGUACUGUGUGAGGAUACUGGUGAGGUGUUGGCCUCUGAAACCAAUGAGAGAGGAUUCAUGACAGAGGGAAUGAGAAGAAUUCCUCUGCAGGAGGACAGAAUAAGAGGAGUCCUCUUCCUGCCACCAGGAAAGGGUCCAUUCCCAGGGAUUCUGGAUUUGUACACCUUUGGUGGAGGUAUUUGUGAACCCAGAGCGAGUCUCUUGGCAAGUAAAGGUUUUGCCGUUCUGGCUCUGGCUUAUUAUGUUUUCCAGGAUUUACCUAAAACUCCUCCGAAACAUGUUGACCUGGAGUACUUUGAAGAGGCAUUAACCUUUCUCAAGAGACAUCCACAGGUCCAAGGCCCUGGGAUCGGCAUCUUAUCGAGCUCACAUGGUUGCACCUUCACUUUGUCAAUGUCAUCUUUUCUCUCUGGGAUCUCAGCAAGUGUCUGUAUCAACGGCUGCACAUUGAUUACUCUGAAACCUCUGCACUACAAAGACAUUGUUAUCCCGCCUCAUAUGCCAAACCUAAAGAAUAUUAAAAUUACUGAUUCUGGGCUUCUGGAUGUAAGCACUUGUGUCUCAGAUCCCAUUUUAGAAAUGAACCAGGACUCUUUGAUCCCUAUUGAACGUGCCAGCUGCCAGUUCCUCUUUGCUGCAUCUGAAGAUGACCGCAACUGGAAUAGUCCUCUUUUUGCCAAGCGAGCCACUGAAAUGUUGAGGAAUCAUGGCAAAGAGACAUUUGAGCUGGUUCAGUACCCCAAAGCUGGACACUUAUUGGAAGUGCCCUACAUGCCUCAUUGUUCAUCUGGGUUCCAUGGAGCUGUGGGGACUGCGGUGGUGUUUGGUGGGGAACCAAAAGCCCACAGUGAGGCUCAGCUGGACCUGUGGCUCAGAGUCCAAGAGUUCUUCAGAAAGCACUUGGGCAACAAGAAUAUCUGCCAGACUGCAAUGCUUUGA